AUGCCUCUAAGCAUCUCUGACAUAUCUUCAGACAUCUCAGGCUCCCCACCGAGACUAGACCCAAGCACGCUCUCCCUCCUCGACUCAUUCUUCUCCGAAAAAGCAGAAGCAGACCGCAAGUUCCAAGAACUUGCAGCCGAGCGCGCCGCAGCCCAAGUCGCCGGCCUAGCACUAGAGGAGGACAUCGAGUCCGACGAAACCAAGCCAAUGGUCAGCGUCUCCGACUUCAAACUCGCAUUCGGCGAAGAUUGGCAGCUUAGCCAAUUCUGGUACUCGGAGUCAUUCGCAACCAACCUCGCCUCGCGCCUACACGCUCUCUGCACGCCCAACACCCACAUAGCCUUUCUCUGCUGCCCAACCGCCUUCGUCGCAUUUGAGCACAUGAAACCUCUCACAAACUCCAAGCUGCUCGAAUACGACCAGCGCUUCGCGGUGCUCUCUCCCAAGAAAUUUGUGCCAUACGACAUCGACGACGCAGACGUAUUCCCGGAGGCCAUGCGCGGAAAAGUAGACAUCGCCGUCGUCGAUCCGCCAUUCUUGAACGAGGUGACGAACAAAAAAGUCGUUCAGACCCUCAAACAACUCCUCCAUCAAAGGAGCAAACUCAUAGUGCUUACGUCCGUCUCUGUAGAGGACGUCCUCGCGAAGCUGUACUCCGAACCGCCACUGGGCCCGCUGCGCCGUACAGCAAUCGAUCCUGAGCAUGGCCGGCUCGCGAAUGAUUUCGCAUGUUGGGGGUCAUGGGACGGGGCCGAGAAAUUUGGCAAGGACUGA